AAAGCAUGGCAAGGGAAACCUAAAACACAUCCAAGUAGUCUGUCUGUCGAAUUAGAAAUGAAAAUGGCAGCAAUAACUAAGAAAAGAUCUUCUAGUUAUUGUGUCUUCGCAAUAGUUGUAUCCAUCUUUGUCUACGCCGAGAUGGUAUCGGCGUGGAAGAAUAUGUGUGUUCCUGGAGACAUAUAUAUGGAUUUGACGGUCAAUAUUACGGACCCGAAGUGCAACAACUGCACAACUUGGUGUAAAUCAGAGUGUUCGAAGUUUGAACUUUCAAUGGUCAAGGACACGGAUAAGUGCUUGGUAAAGUCCCCUACCCUCAGAUGCAAGUGUUGCUGUGAAACACCCUCCUCUCCGGAAAAACCACCCCUUCCCCCUUCUGCCUCCGAAUUUAAUGUCACUGAACCUGAACCAUAUAAUUACGAGAUAUGUGAGGGUAACCAAACAUCUGAAAAGUUUAAACACCCCGACGGGAAACGUUGCAUUCACAAACCUCUAUGUGAGGAAUAUUGUAACGAGAAAGGCCUUUCAAAAGCAAGGUCUGAGUGCGUAGCUGCUGCUUACAAUACUUAUAGACUGAAUUGGUAUGAGCAGUGUUGUUGUGAAAAGCUCGUGCCCCCACCUCCCCCAGCACCUCCAACAAAUGUAUGUGAAGAAUGCUCUUAUCUGAAGAGAAUUGUAUGCGUGCUUCCUUUUUCAUCACCGUGUAAUUGUUGUUGCAAGAGUUUAGAUCUAUUAUCAUGCAAGGGUAUACCACCAACACAGUGAGUAAUAUUUGUAGUGAUACUAUCACCCACUUAUUAGCUAAUUAAUGGGAUGAGAUGAUGUCAAGCAAGCUAUCUUUUAUGCGUUCAAUAAGCAGCUAGCAUGUGUGUAUAUUUCUGUUUCUAUGUGAAUUUCUUCU